AUGUAUCUAAGUAGUUUGCUUCACCAAAUUCGGUUGUCUUAUUAUUUUGUUGGAUGUAAUCUUUUGAUAGAAGUUUAUCUUUACUUCCCAGUUAUUGUUAAAGCUAGUAACGGACCACGAUAUGUUGUUGGUUGUCGACGCAGUUUACAAAGCAGUAAAUUAAAACCGGGCACUAGAGUUGCAUUGGACAUGACCACAUUGACAAUUAUGCGCCAACUACCACGUGAAGUGGAUCCACUAGUACAUAACAUGUCUGCAGAAGAUCCAGGUUCUGUAUCUUAUGCUUCCGUUGGUGGACUGGCUGAUCAAAUCCGUGAACUCAGAGAAGUUAUCGAACUCCCGCUAAUGAAUCCGGAAUUGUUCCACAGAGUUGGUAUAACCCCUCCAAAAGGAUGCCUACUUUAUGGCCCACCGGGGACUGGAAAAACUCUUCUAGCACGUGCUGUAGCGUCACAACUUGAUGUUAACUUCUUAAAGGUAUUUCGUAUUUACUGUUAUUCUUCCUAUUUUUUUUAA